AUGAACUUCUCGGGUUUCGCGAGCGCCAUUACAACUGGCCUACAAGGGCUGGUAGGGGCUGCUGCCUUUGUUUCGUCGGGCUUUAUCUGGGCUACUCUAUCUCAAGCCAUUGCUCGUGUCACGCCAGCGGUUAAAACGGCAUUGAUGCAAGGAUUGGCCUUCGUUCUCGGCCGGGUACCUCCGGUCAUAUUGGAUCUCGCACAGGCCGGAUUUGCGGUCGUGGUCUAUACUUUCGGCGCGUACGGAAUGCUCUCGGCCGAGUCGGCCUUGACCAACAUCUGUCAACUUUUACAGCUCACUCAACUAUGUCUUGCUCGUGCUGGCUCACUGGCUUGA